ACAAAGCAAAAACUGCAAAACCAAAACAUUUUAUGUUUCUGGAUUCUGCCUGAGUCCAUGAAGAAAUUGAAGACCAUAAUGGGUUAUUCAACGUGAAAAAUUCAUUGAGGGGUUUUUUUCCGGUUUUGCGGAUCGUUCAAGCGAUUGGGAUUUGAAAAAUUCUGGUUAGGUAAGAGACAGUGGCUUGUAUUGACGCUGUUCUCGAUGUUCGCAGUCAAAGUAAUCUGUGGGAACGUUUUUCUCAUCCAUUCCAUUUGCCGUUUGCUCACUCUCUUGCAAAGCCGGAGGCACUAAAAUGCCACCAAAAUCUGCCCACAAAGCGAAGCACUUCAUCCCAGCGCCACCGUUAGCGAUUCAGGGAUUUCGGGAGGACAUGACAAACUUGUUAACGGCUUUCCUGGCAAAAAACUCGUUUCGGUUCGAGGAUUUCGUUGGUUUAUGGGAAGAAAUGAAAUUUUCCUAUAUUUAUGGGGGGACGCAGACCGAUCGAGGAGGAACUGCAGAAAUUAACGAGUUUGCUACGAAAUGCUUCCGCGAAGCGGUGGUACUGUGUUCGCCUACGAACCAACCGCUUAAUCGCACUGCUGGACUGUAUCUUCUGUAUUCGCUGUAUAUAACGCGCCCUUUAUACUGCCAUACUCGAAUCCGUAUCCAUCCAACUGUGGAAUUCCUUCCCUUAACUGAGUUUAUGAAUGUUCUGUUGGGUCAUGAACAUUUUGACGCGGUAUUUUUGUUCCUUGAACUCAUGGACCAGCAAGCCUUUGUCUUCACUGUGACACCGCUAGAGAUGGGAUAUCAUACUCAACAAGCCAAAGCGUUUCGGGAUGACGCAAGCGCGAUACACACGUAUGUCCCGGAAAUUCCGGCGCUGUUGUCCAGUUCCACGUUUACGAAUAUGUUGGCUCAAGAUGACGCUUAUACUUCUGCAAAGGCUGAACUUGUGGGGAAAAUGUCAAAUCAUUCUCAGUUCAACUCGGACCAGCUGGAGUACACUUCGGAAUUCAAACAGAAACUUGACCAUAUCAUCCAGGGAUACAAGGAUUCCGCUGCGGAUUCCACGGCGGAAACUAAUCCGGAAAGACAGACUGAGUGCGCUGCCGACGAAGCGGACACGAACGACAUUGAUGCCGAAGAAACUGUUGGUCAGCGGCGUCAACGCUUACGUCGAGAGAUGAUGAAACGAUCGGUGAAAGUGAGAUACGAAAUCUAAGAUGGAGUUUUGUUUUUUUGUGGAAUGGAUACAUUCUUACAAGUUCUCUGCUUCAGUAAAUCAGUCUUUCAGCCAGAAUCUGCUUACGUUUCAUAAUGUCAAUAAGCAUAUCUUAUCCAAAGUUGAUCGUCUACGAGAUCGUCAAAUGAUUCAAGAACAGAAGAGCUUUGCACUGCUGUAUUAUGUUUAGUCUUUUAACGGAAUGAAAACUGUGAUUUUGAAUGGC